UUACCUAAUUCAUAACCGUGAUGGCUCCGAAAUAGUUUUAUAUUGUGCAUUGUGUAGCGUAGUUAUGGCGUACUUAGUGGAAGCCUGUGUAAUUUUUCUAUCAAUAUUAAUUAUAAUCACAUUUAGAUUAGCAAACAAAAACCCUCCCCCCAUUUUAAACAUAUAUCAGCGCCCCAAUGGAUUUUUCUGGUUAAAGUGCGUCUUCAUUUUCGUGAUUUUGACAGCUCAAAAGAUAGUUUUCAAAACAAAGCGCAUUCUUAAAAAGCACAAGGAAAGUAGAACGUUGGCGGAUCUUGAGAGACCACAAAAAUUGUCAUCACAACCUAAGGCCAUCGACGCCGUCUACUUCAACGGCGCCAGCAAAACCGGCGACUACUUAGUCGUGGGCACCGCCCGUCGAAAAAACCAACUCGUAGACGGCUUUUUGUACCUCCUCAUCAAAGACUCGGGCCUCGGACUCCUAGAAACCCCAAAACUCCCCGGCACCGCGCUAUACCAACCCCAAGACCUCGAAAAAUACGAAGCUGAAGGCAUCGCCCUAACUCCCGAAGCCCCCAUGAAAAAAUGGCAAAUCCUCUACGACGGAAAAAUGAAAAGACACAAAAACCGCAACGAAAUCAUCAACGUAAAAAUAGAAUUGGAGUGGAAUGCAGUGUCGCCACACUUCAAUUUCGACUCGGACAUGGACGCCUGGGCUAUGGCCAAAUCCAUGUCCUACGAAAAAUUCAGCCGAGAAUAUUUCGAAAACUUGAAAGCAAACCACCAGACCCAUUACGAGCAACACGGUGACGUCACGGGCGUUGUGACCAUCAACGGGAAAAAGUACAACGUCGACAUCAACGCCGUCAGAGACCAUAGUUUCGGUUUCCAAAGAGAGUGGCGAAAUUUUCACCGAUACGGGCUGCAUUUUUUCGCCGCUGAAAAUGGAGAUAGGUUCAAUGUUGGCAAGAUUUGUCUUCCGAUUUCGUUUUCGCGAUUAACGAUCGGGUAUGUUUAUUCAGCUAAAGAUAAAAAAAUGUAUCCGGUGAAGUGGUGCGAUCUUGAGCUUUAUCAACACGGAGAAGACGGAAAUCCCCCUUUAAAUUAUUCGUUCAGUUUUUCGGCAGGUGGCAAAAUAUACAGGAUACAAGUCAACGUUCUCUAUUCUCCCCAUUUUUAUAUUAGUAAGGACUGGGAGAGCAAAGUUGUUGAAAGACUGUGUACUUUUGAAGUUAAUGGGUUGAAGGGCUGGGGUGCGGCGGAGUGGCAGUACAGGAAUGUGGACGAAAAAAACGUACCUGAUUACGAUGGGAGUUAAAAAUACUAAAAUUUGUUAAUAAUAAUUUAAAUAAAUUUUUCGAGUAGAUAUGCAA